AUGAUAAUAGUGAGUACAAAGCCAACAGCCCAAACUCAAUAUAAAUGUAUAAAACCUAAGAAUGUUUCAUCAGAUUCUGCUAUACCGUCAAAAUCAACAUCCGGCUGUUUGGCUUGGUUCCCAGCUUCUAAAUUUCAACCUAAUUCAGAUCCACUUCUUGCUUUUUCAUGGGGGAAUUAUUUGAACAUUUUGAAAAUUACUGUUGUACCAUCUGCCAUUACUGAUGUUCCUUCCAAAAAACGACGAUCUGAACGCGAUAUCCGUUUGGAAUUCAUUAAGAUGGGCGAAUGGAAAGGAAUGAGUAGUAUAGUCGGAAUACAAUGGCUUUCUUCUCAAGAAAGUGAGCAUAGUAAUAUCAGGCAACGUUCAUUGGUAUAUCACGAUAGGUUUUCUUCACUUUUAAAAGAUCUUUCUGAGGAUUCAACUAGCCAGAUAGAUUCUUUGAGGACAUCUGCUACUAUGGAUCUAGCAUAUUAUCAUAGUUUGCAGGUUUAUAAAGGAAAAGUGUUUUUAUUG